AUGAUUUUAGAUGAGUAUAAAGAUAAUAAAUUAAGUACUGUUGUUUCACAAAAGCAUUAUUGGCUUCCUAUUCUUUAUAAUAUUAACCUUUAGUUCAUUCUUAAAUAUGUUGAAUUUAGUUAUUUCAAAAUUUAAGAGAUCAAAAUCCAAGUUUCAUUUUUUAGUUAUAUAUAUAAAGUUUAUAUAUUUCAUCCUAAAUUCAUAAAUAAAAGAGACUAAAUUCUUAUUACCUUUAUACUCCUGUUACAUUGAUUUAAUGUGAUAUAAAAUUAAUAAAUAUUCGAGUAUAUAUAUUUGAAAUACAAAAAAUGAUUGGUAACAAACAUGUUAAAUUUCAGAAAUCAAUAAUUAGUGCAUAUUAAGUAAAUUUGUAUAACAAAUUGAUUGGAUUUUAUUUGCCUUUAACAAGUAUUUACAUCAUCAAUUUAAGAUAAUAAUAUUUUUGUCUUAUGUUAAUAUUAAAGCAUUUAUUUCAAACAUAAAUGAUUUCUUUCAUACUAUAUUUUAGUAAAAAUUAAAGUUUCAGUGCCAAGAAAUAUCUUUUUACGUAUAUUCAUAAUAUAUAUAUUUGCAUCUUAUUUUAAAUAAACAAUAAGUUAUCAUCUUAAUUACUAAACACUAUUUUAAAACUGCAACCUAGAAUAGGAAGCCAACUGCAUUAGGCAUGAACUAUUAUCCUAGAUUUUAUUUUAUUAUUCUUACACGUAACCGACUUCCCUUUAUUUAAAUAUUUCAUUACUAAAAUAUUUUUUACUACAUAUAAGUUUAAAAUCAUUUUAUAAAUUAAAAGAAAUUGAUAAGUCAUUGUCAAAUAUUGUUCAAUAACUGGUAUUUUAUUGAAAAGUUAAAUUGUUUAAAUGAAUAUUAUUGAAUAAAUCAUUCAUAACAUUAAUAGUAUCACAAAAAAUAUCAUUACACUAUGCAUAAUUUGCUUACAAAUAUAUCUCGUUAUUAUCAUUGUCAUUAUCAUCAUCAUCAUGAUUAUUAUUAUUAUUAUUAUAUUAUUAUUAUUAUUAUUAUUAUCAUCAUCAUUAUCAUCAUUAUUAUUAAAUUACAAUAUUCAUUAAAGUUUACUAAAACAAAAUUGCUGUUACAUAUAUCGUAAUAAGUGUCUUUUGACUGUCAACAUGCAUUUUUAAGUCAAAUACAAAGUUUUGUAAUCAUUUUUAAUAUUCAUCAUAUUUUAUGUUUGUAAAUCAAUACCAACGAAAUUUAUAACAAAUUUUUAUACUGUGUUUGUGAAAAAUAUAUACGUAUAAUAUAAGCACAUACAGUAAAGUUAUUCAUCAAUGUUAUGUUUUAUUUAAUAAAAUGCAUGUUAAUAGGAAAAGAGACUAAAAAGUAUCAUAAUGCUUUUAACUAAUAUAAAAUGUACUACUAUAAAGUAAUCUUAUUAAUUUAGAAUCUAAAUUUUAAAUUUGAAUUUUUAAUCACUUCGCAUGUAACUUCUUUUAUGAAUUUGGAGUCUCAAAAGAAACACAUCAUGACAAUUUCAAAAGAAAAUUUAAAAACAAAAAAAUAACUUUAUUUUUUUCAAUCAAUUCUCAAACUUAUUUUUUUAACUCCAAUUAUCAAAAUUUUAUCAAUAAUUAAUAAAAAUUAUAUAUCUUGAUACAUAUAGUAUAUAUUCAUAAAUAUUUGUGUAAAAUUUCUAUCAACGUAUUUGAAAUUUAAUUACAUUUUUGAUGAGUCAGUUGUCAGAUGAAUAUAUUUCGUAUCUCUUUUUUUUUUUUUUAAGAAGUAACUUGUAACAUUAAACGGUGAGAAUAUAUAUGAGGAAUGCGUGUAAAAAAUUUAUUAUGUGAGAGUUAUGUAAUAUUAGUCUGUAUGUUAAUAAUAAUUUAGUAGAAAUUGUAUUGAAUAUUUACAAACAAUUUCAUUUAGAUUGCAUUUAAUCAUUUAUAUAUUUUUUAUUGUAAGAUAGUAGAGAAAAAUUGAUAUGAAAUGGUUGAAGUCCUUUUCUUUUUAUAAAAAAUUUUUAGAUACUUUAUGUUUAAUAAAUACUUGUAAAAAUGUUAGAAAAUUACUUUUAUUAACCGACUAUCAUAGUUAAAUUUGUUGUAAACAAAUGUAUUGUAUAUACCUUUGGUAUAGAAAAAUAUUAUAUUUCAUAUUAUAUAAGAUAUCCAAAAAUAUCUAGCGCAAAAUUGGACUAAUUCAUAAACAAAAAAAAGAAAGAAUAUAUCUGUAUAACAGUAUAUCUAUAAAACAUUUUUUAUUAAUAAGUUUUAUUUUUUCAUUUAGUCAAAUUGUGCGCUAGAUUUUUAAACAGUUAAUACAUAAAAAGUUAUUAAAGCUUUUAUAUGUACUUAAUAUUAUUCAUUUGUACAAUAUAUAGAUAUGAAUAAUUUCCGCGUUUUUUAUAUUCAUGAAAUAAGUAGGAAAUUAUAUAAAAUAGUGAAUUAUAAUUUUUUAGUUGGAGAUAUUGAAAAUAGAAUAACAAAGAGCUAUCUAUUUCUAUUUGUACGUUUAUUGAACUUUGUUAAAAAUAUAUUCAACUUAAUACAAUUUCACCAUUUUUAGAUGUGAACAUUAAGUAGAUUUUUUUACUUAAUUCUGGGCCAAUUUUACGUACAGUUGUAAAUGGUCCAGCUGCUCUUCUAAUCUGUAAAGUGUUAAAAUAUAUUUAUAAAAUGUAAGUAAAAAUAAUUAUAAAAUAUUAAAUUUUAAUUUAUAAAUUAUUUUAUUUUUAGAAGUCUUAUUUGAAAAACAUUGUAAUAAAUAUUUUUUAUUUACCGGGAUAUUUUUCAACAAAUUUAUUCCUUCAUCAUCUGUACAGUUCAUAUAAGCCUAAAAAGAAAGAGAAAAAAUAGAUAAAGGUAGCAAUUUAUAUUUGUUACACACAUAUACUAUAUAUUAAUGUUUACUUCUAUUAAAUGUGCAGGACUUGGAUACAUAGAACAAAUUGCUUCUGCAAUUUCAAGACUGCUCAAAUUAAAUUGACAAAGCUGUUGUUGCCAUAAUCUUUUCAGUCCAUUUCCAUUUUUAUCUACUUUCACAGUAUUUCUAUUAUCUCCCAUUACAUACCAAUCAAAUUUAUUUAUUAAAUUUUUAUUUUUUUUUAAUUUAUAUGGUACUUCUGCUAUAGCUUUUGUAUAUUGAUAUAUCAUCAAUGCCAGAUCUUGAGAAUUAUUAA